UUAUACCGUCGCUAUCCAGAACAACAGAGGAAGUUCUACCAAAAGCUCCUGGAAGCAACUGAUGAGUUUUCAGAAGUACUGGAUGAUAAAGUGGUUCUGCAACAAUUGAAAGACGAGAACUUCGACGUCGCUAUAACGGAACUUUUCGACUUCAUUGGGAUCGGUGUUCUGGAAGCGAUCGGUCUCAAGAACAUUGUUGGAGCUCAUUCGGCUAUAAUGAUGGAAGGCACAUCGUUGGCUUUAGGUGUACCCCUGCGCCCGAGCUUUAUUCCAGCGUUCUUUGGUGUCACGAGCGACUCGACCGAUUUCUGGACACGUGCGACGAACCUUUUGUUUACGUGUCUCUCAUGGUAUUUCCAGACAAGCACAGCUAAUGCUGCAGAUCGAGUGAUGAAAGCGAAGCUUGGACCAAAUGCCACUCCAGUUUGGGAAUGGGAUCGCAUUCUGAAGCUAAGAGAGCACACUGUUCUCAUCUCGUUCGGCAGCAUAGCAAAAAGCAAGUUUAUGCCCGAAUCGAUGAAGAGAGCUAUCAUCAACUUACCCGAACAUCACCUUCAUCUGGAAGUACGAAGAACCAGACGACGCAAUCUUCAAUGGAACAGACAAUCUUAUUCCUUCAAAAUGGACGCCACAAAGCUGUUUAUUAGCCGACAGGCGUUUAACACUUUUUAUCACACAUGGUGGAGCUGGAAGUAUGAUGGAGAGCGCCCACCACGCAAAACCGCUUAUUGUCGUUCCUUUGUUUGGCGAUCAGAACAAGAAAUGCGAAGCUCAUUGAGAAGUAUACUUUUGGAAAAAGGCCGCCUCACUGACAGCAACGUGUUACGCGAGGCAAUCGAACAAAUUCUCACUGAUUUUAAAUACCAAACAGCAGCGAAUCGAAUCAGCCGGCUGCUGUCACGACGUCCAUUUAGUCCUGAGGAGAAACUGGUGAAAACAGUCGAGCUUGCCGCCGAAUUUGGAGAUCUACCGGAGUUGAAGGUAUCGGGAAGAAACCUCGGAUAUGUCGCCUACUAUAACCUUGACCUACUAUUUAUUUUAGCAAUGAUUUUCGCCGCAUUACUAAGUCCAGUGAUAUGGUAUAUGUGA